AUGGGAAACAAAGUCUCCGCAAUCCACGGUGUCAAAUCGGAUCACUACUAUGAAAAAGGGAAUGGAAUCAAUGAGAUCUGGGUUGGCAAUGUAGAGCUCAUCUCCCGUCUCCCAUUCGGAGACUCCGAUCUCGCACAGGCUGCAUGGCCCAUUGGAGGUUGGCCAAAAAUUCCAUGGCAUAACUUCAUAAUUCCUCUGAAAAGAAGAGCGUUAUCAGCCAUCGAGUCAUUGUCGCCAGGUGACGAUGAGCAUCAACAAAUGUCGAAAAGAGCCGCGCCAGACAGCGGCCCGCCUUUCCAUCUUUCUCGGAUCAGCUUGAUUGUCGCUGUGUCUGUUCUAUCAUCCCUCUUUAUGGUGGCCAUUUAUCUGCCAAUCUUCGUCAGAAGGCAUACAGCAUCCUACGGUUGGCAAGCAGACAUCGCAAGACGCAGAGAGCAAAAGAGAUCAUUCGCCACACGUGCUGGCAUUGCAACAAUGGCGCUCGCAGUCUCUUUGGUCAUUGCCAUCUUGCAAUUCCAUGUUUGGACACUCAUUCGUUUUGUCUUUGCACCUAAGAGCGCCAAGUUUCAGAUCUUAGAGAUUCUCUGGAUAGCUGUGGGUUGUGUUGGCCUUUUCUACUCUGUAAAGGCAGUAACCCUACUCUGGCUUGACUUGCGGGAUGCCCGUCGUGCAACGGUGGAAGAAUCCCAGAACGUGUCAAACGGGGUCAUAGAGAAACAGCUUCCUGCAAUUCUGGUGUCGUGGCUCGAAAGACAGCGGCGACCUUGA